AACACGACAUACACGGUUUACACGACAUAAUCUGUUAUCAUAUUGUGGAGUUUUGAGUUAUUAUAAAGUGAAUACGUCGUUUAUUACGAAACGAGCAACGUGACGAUAAGGUCGCGAGGGAGCGGUGGACGGGCUAGGCCUCUGUUAGCAGCAGCUAAGAAUACCACAUAACUAAAAAGAACACUACAAUACUAAAAUAAAGGGCAAAAAAUACCAUAUCAUAAUGUGUAUUUAACUUAUACUGUGUUAUUGUUUCCUCUUACUAUAACGUACAGUCGUGUUUUAUUACUCGUAGUACCCCGCAGCCAUUUUUAGGCUGCUUUCUGUUACUCAGUAGUAAGUAUGUGGUUAAAUUCAGGACUGUUUUAGUAUUUACACUUUACUUUUCUCUUGAUAAUACAUUCUAGACUUUGAUAAUUCAUUGUUUCUGUGUUAGUGUGAGAUGGAAGCCUUAGAGGUUUCACAGUCUGAUCAUCAUUGUCCGACUCAGGCCUCCAUAUUAACAGUAAAUAAACACACACUGAAAAUGGAACAUGUAGUUCUAUUUGAUCCUGGUUAAAACAAUGCAGAAAAUAUAAUAUAAUAACACGACUUGUUAAUCCAGUCUAGUAACAGUGAGUUCUCCUCAUAGUCUACCAUGGGCUCGCAAUGGAAAGGAAAUGUGCUGUACCUGUGUGUGGAAAUGUCUGCUUGGUGUUUGUGCACAUCUGUCUGUCUCCUAUUAACCCUUUUCAGCUCUCUGGGGAGUGUUUUUGAUUGAUUUGUAGGUUUAAAACCAUCCUCUUGGGCCUUUGGGGGGAUCCCUGGAUAUGGAUAGCUUUCCCCCCUCUUGAGAAUUCAUUGGCAGAAGAUUUUUCUCUCUUCAGCAUUCAGCUGAAACCCCUAGAAGCUCGAGUACCCUGCCCAGUUUUUUCUGCUGCAGCCACCAAGUGUGCAAAAUGCCUGCGAGCCCAAGAAGAAGCUGAGGAUCUUUUUCAACUCAUCAUCCCUCUGCCCCCCCGUCUUUUUGCCACACCAAUCUGAGCGUUUUUGAAAGCAUUUUUCUUUUUCUCUGGCUGCUUAUGUCCCCUCAUUUUUCUUCCUCCGGUUAAACCAUUUAGAAAAAAAAAAAUAGUAAUAAAAAAAAAAAAUCCCCAAAGGACUCAAUUGCAUCCACCAUCAGUAAUGGUUAGCAGUCUCAGCGGAGAUAAAGGUGUCUCAGAGAGUCUCAGAAAAGGGAUGUCGUAGGAAGACAAGUGUCUCUGGGCGACCCAUCCCCCUUUUCCUCUUAUCUCACGGAUCAAGUGUUCCUUCAGGACUCCAUACCACCACGGAGACACCCUACCAGCACUGCGUUCACGAGGGAGACCGCUUCUCAGCCACCUCAGGGAGAGUCCUGUUGGCCUUGAAGAGAACCAGCUGCUGGAUUUGAAGACCAAACCCUCAUCACCUCUGCUACUGAAGACGCAUACCAGCAUUACUAUGACCAACAGUGGAGAUGACUGCUACUUCUUUUACUAUUCCACCUGCUCCAAAGGAGACAGCUGCCCCUUCAGACACUGUGAGGCAGCUAUGGGCAACGAGAUCGUCUGCAACCUCUGGCAGGAGGGACGCUGCUUCCGUAACGUCUGCAAGUUUCGCCACAUGGAGAUCACAAAAAACCGAAAGCAGAUUGCUUGUUAUUGGGAGAACCAGGCUGCCGGGUGCCAGAAGCCACACUGUGCCUUCUUCCACGAGAAGGCCCGCUACAUCGAUGGCGUGUUUGUCCCACCCAGUAAAAGUCAAAGCAACAACGAGGAACAGCCGCAGGAGGAACCAGCUCCCCCGCCAGCUGCUCCUCUCCCUCCUGCUGCAUCCAACCCCCAGCUCAGAGGAGUCAUCAAGACCGAAGCUCAGGAGCCGGUACCCAGUCCCACACACCCACCGGUGGUGAUUAAUCCAGCAGAUGAUGACGAGGAUGAAGAUGACCAGUUCUCAGAGGAGGGCGAGGACGGCAAGGGCGGCCCGUCUCCCAGGAAACUCUCCAAAUCAGGCGAAUCACUGAACUUUGGAGUGAGCACCCUGGAGGAGAUCCGGCUGAGGAAGGCCCUGAAGGCCAGCAUGAAGAGAUCUGGUUACCCCAUCCAGAGUGCCGACAGCUCCACAAACGGAGAGAAAGAAAACAUCCGCUCUCUUUUUCAACCCAUCAUCUACGAGCCAAAACAUGAAUCGUUUGACUUUGAGGAAACAGGAAGACCAAGAGGCAGCUUGGCUGACAGGUUAGGAAGGAAGAUGUCAAACACAGAUGUCAGGCGGGCAGAAGGCGUGUCCCUGAAAAGGAGUCUUGCUGAUCGUCUAGGCAGAGUAAUGGAAGAAGAGGAUCCUCUGAUGCCCCCUCAGAAAGCACUUAAGCCCAUAAGAGAGAGACUGGGGUUGUCUGCUGGGUCUGUUUCACCCUCUCAACAAGCUGAGACCAUCACGGAGAAAGCACCCGAGCAGAUCCAAAUCAAGACUCUGGAGCAGAUCAAACAAGAGAAGGCAGCAAAGUCUCAAAACCAGAAAGAUGACCUUUCAGAUACGGCUCCAGAACCAAACAGUACAAAGACCAUCACUAAUAAAACCACCAGGGGUGGGAGGCGAGCCAUCACAGUCAAAGGGGGCUCCAUCAGCGAGGUCAAGACCUUUUCUGAGAUCCUCCUGGCCAAGAAGAAGAGGCAGGAGGAGGAGGAGAAGCAGGAGCAGAACUCCAGCCCCAAGAGAGCCAAGCACAAGGUAGAUAAAGCUCAAGGCAGGAACUACGACACCGCUGGAUCUGGUCCUGAGGGCGAGGUUAGAAUAAAGACCCUGGAGGAGAUCCGCAAAGAGAAGGCAGCAAGGUUUCAGACUCAGCAGACGACAGAGACUGAAAAUAAGAAGAACUCUGACAGUGAGGAGAGCAGCGAGGGGAAGAAGCCCCACCUGCUGCGCACAAAGAAACCUGCGCCUCAAAGCGACGCCUCUCCAGAGAUGACCCCUGAAGUGACGAAGCCUCGAACUGUUGCUCUUGAGACCAGUGCUGCCAACGGCACCAGUGUCAAGGUGAAGACCUUUGAGGAGAUCAUGCGGGAGAAACGUCUUCGCAAGCAGGAGCUGGAGGAGCAGGCCAAGAGCGCUGCCGAAGCAGAACCCUCUCAGAAACAGAUCCCUGAGGAAACCCUGAAGAGGAAGCUUCCUGUGAGAGUCAGUCUUAAACCCCCCGGCUCUUCAUCACCUUCCUCCACCACUCAAGCCCCCGACUCCACCAUCUUCACCCAGAGGCUUCCUGUUCGUAAGAUGAGCCCGCUCAAUUCCAAGGCUGUUUCCCCUUCAAACAACAUAACCGGUGCAAGAGGAGCUGCCUUUACCUCAGUCCCUGUGACACAAGAGCCAGAGUCCAGCUCAGAGAGCCCCAGCAGCUCCAAGGAGGGGGUGGACAAAAACACAAAGACCCGAGUCACUCUGUCACCAGCCAAAACAGGGAGAGCAGCUUCUAGAGGUCCUGCUGCAGAGGUCCCGACUGCUGAUAAAACCCUGAACAGUAACAAGAAGACAAGUCCGGAGAAACCUGCAGACACCAGAGUGAGGCCCAAACUGAACGUGAAGCCGUCUGUGGUGAAGCCGGCCGUGCAGGUGAAACCGGGCCAGAAGAGGAAGGCAGCAGAGCGGUCUGCUGUUGCUGCUGUUAAACCUCUGAACAGCGCCUCCACAGUGCAGGAGGAGCCACUGCAGGAGACUCUGUGCAAAGACAUACCGGUGUUCUCGUCCUGUAAUGCAGAAUCUCUGCUGAGCUCUGCUGUUCCCAGUAGUCCCAGCUCCCUUCUGGACCCUGGCUGCAGCUCCAGCCCUCAGAGGGAAGAGCUCCAGACCGUCCCUGUUUUCAAGCAGAGUCUGAGCCAAGAAACCAAGUCCACAGUCAGCAUUCCUGCUGCCAGAGAGACCUGCACAGUCCCCAAAAGCCCCGUCCUGCAGACCCCCUCUCAGCCAAAGUCCAGGAGAUCGAGCGCAGCUGCCUCCCGUGCCCCCUCCACCUCCAGCAUUGCUGCCUCCACGUCCGCUGUGGACGACUUCGACCAGCUGAUCAGUGAGUUCACGGACGACCAUCUGGAGGAAGACAUGGACCCCGCUAUCGGAGAGGACGACCUGCUGCAGGAACUCUCAGAGAUGAUUGACAGCUGAGGAGUGUGGAGUACAAUCAGAACCCUGCCCUCAGCCUCUCACUCACACACUCAUCUUGAGACUUUUAAGAGACUUUAUUUCAUUUCAAUUUUUAUCAAGUUUUAAGUUCGUGUUUGUUUCUGCUCAUCAUGUUAGGAAUCUUCUCUCCUUUGAUUUCCCACUCAUGUGAUCAUCCGGUGGAGUUUUCCUGCAGGGCUUACUGAGAUCAUGUCUGUUCAUGAUCAUUUCAAACUUAUCAGGUUCUUUAAACAGAGAAGUUCUAAAAGCUGUGAUGGUGACCGAUAUUAGGAGAAUCCCUCAUCUGAAGAUGUUAAAGUUUGGGAAUGAUGAUUGUGUUGUUAUAGAGAGGAGUUAAAUCUGUAUACUGUGUAUGCAAUGGGGAAGAGUGAGCUUUGUAGAAAUAAUGAAUGCUGCUGCACAUGCAGUAACUUGCCCUCACCUGUUUGUUUUUAUGUGUCUGUUUCUCUGAUUAUGACCUUUACAUUUGUGAUAUUUACUUCCUCGUUGGUCCUGUUAACAAAACUCAGGUGGGAACCUGAGAGAUGAGAUUUAUUUUCCAAAGUUCAUGACUCAUUUAACAUUUAGGACAGUCAGAUCAAUUGGGUGGACAGAGUUUAAAGAGUCUCCACCUCUGCCUGUGUCUGUCCCGUCUGUUUUUUAUAAUCUUUGAAUCGUUUGUUUUUAAAAAGAGUUUUUGGUUCAGAGGGAAAACCUUGAAACAGCCGGUCUAGUCUUUGUUAACGUACACCUCAGGGACUGUUUCUGAUCUUUCUACGAUAACACAAACACUGUUCUUCAGUUACACAACGCUGUCUUUAGUUGUCCUUUUCUAUUCAAUGUGAUGUUGCUUUAUAAGUGUGGUCUGAGAAGAGAUCGACUUGUUUUUGGUCUUAAUAUCUGUUUGUUCUGUCCCCGCUCUUUCCCACAAUCUUACUGUUCAAAGUGACUUGUACAGAUAACGCUGUAAAUAAAGAAUACUUUUAAUGACCA